ACAUCCUCCUAUUCGUACCCCUAGUGAGUCACUAAUACAGAAUGGUACAGUAUCACCCUUGUGCGUGGGCGCUGAUCGUUGUCUCCUUGCCAGUCACGACCACAUAACGUCAACUGCCUGAGUGCCCGCGCACAAUUCACGAAGUCUCGUUGGAACUGGCUCCACCUCGUGUGUAUCACGCAUUCACCUCAAUCCUCUGCUUUCGUCUCGUUGCUCGCCUACCUUCUGUCUACCUUUGCACGAAUGCCGCCACGAACAAACACAACUUCGACCGCUGCUGCUGAGCACACAACACCGACGGUCGAACAUCUAAUUCCAUUCAACAAUGGUCCUGAUGAGAGCCACGCCGAUGUGGGCGCGAUUGUUGGAGGCGUGAUCGGGGGAGUGGUUGUGUUUGUCUUGCUCGUCGUCCUAGGCUGGUACUUCUGGCGGAGGAGAAAACAACGCGCUCCUUGGCACUACGCGAUGUCCGGAGAGUUCGACGCCGCUGAUGAUAUGAAGCCAUACAUCAUCACGCCGUACAUCACGCCGGAUGCUGUCUCCUUCUCUCGCCCUGAUCGCUCCCUGUCCCCUCCCUCACGAGCCCUCUCUCCGGAGUCCGACCUCAACGUCACCACCUUGACAUACGACGCAGUCCCACCUGAAUUCGCCGGCCAGGCGAACGACCUUGACUCGUGGACAGAGAUAGCGGUGUACAGGGCUGAAGAGCGCGGGCGCACUCCGUCUCUCAUCGCGAACCGCGUCACUUCGCCCACUCCAUCCCUCGUCGCGCAAGAGCGCGUAACCUCGCCCACGCCGUUCAGUGCCGGGAGCCGCAUUAUUGUGACCUCGCCCACGCACGGUGGCGCCGAGCGCCCAGCAUCACGAGCUGGCAGCCUCAUGGCCGCUAGAGCUGGUUUGGUGUCGGCCACAGCGGCCAUCGCGGAAGCUGCAGAAGGGCUCAAGGAGAAGGCAAAGAAGAAGCGGAAGAGCAAGAUCCAGUCGGUGCCGAGGCCUUUGUCGUUCUGCAUCGACAGGAGCAAGCCUGGGUCCUCGCCACUGGACCAAGCCUCCCCGCAGUUCUCGGCGGUGCCGCUGAGUGCCAUGAGUGCUACGUUCACUCAGUGAUGUGAUAUAUGGGACUUCGCACAUUAUUUAUCAUACACUGAUUUUACGAGAGACAAGAUUGCUACACACUCCUUACAUCUACUGUAUAUACCCGUAUUGUACUAAGCACCUCGAGGAUACAUCCUAUUGUAUAUUUUGGAGACCAAAGCAUGUGGGCUCUACAAUGGCAUAGCGGCGACGUCUGUAGGGAUCGCUCGCAGAGUCCUGUGGCGUAACAAGGUAAGC